AUCCAGGCGUGGCAGGUGAGUGGAGGAGGAAAUCAUGGAGGAGAUGCUCCUCAGCAGCAGGGUCUUCUAUAGCAGCUUUCUUCAACCUGUGAUUUAUGCAAAUGAAUCAAUACAAACCAAAUUAAGUUAUUUUGUUUAGUGACAAAAAAAUUUGAUUUCUGAAGACGCUUUAAUACAACUUUAUUUGGAUAGUAAAAAGUAUUUUCCUGAAAAAAAAAAACAACUCAGAAAUAUAUUUUCUUUCACUGAGCUGCAGCCCUGCAUGCAAACAGGCGCGAGUUUGGGCGUAACCUCGCGAUACUCCCAUCCCUUACUCUCUCCGGUAUGGGCAAGCAAGCGGCGGGGGUGAUGGGAGUCCGGUCAGUCAGACCCCAAACAGCCUCCCGACGCACAGACACGCUCUGCGCGCUGACGCGCAACUUUCUCAACAACCUGCCUGAAAAAUAACGAGAAGAGAGGGCAGAAGCGCGCGCGGCACUUUGUUUGAAGUGAGCACGCGGGUUAUUGAGCGCGCGCACCUGAGGAGGACGAGAAACAAUUAAAAAGCUUUCGUGGUGUGGAAGAGCUCGUUUUGGGGAUUAUUACUGCCCAAGUGGAGGAUUAAAGAGCGGAAGAUGCGGGAGGAGUGAGGCAGCCGGGCGCGCGCGCUCCACCGCCUGACGCGCCACAGUCCCGCAGCUGGAGGGGCUCCCCGUCUUCUCAGUGACCCCGAUGUGUUCCGUUGGAUUUUAACAAACAGAAGAUUUCUUCUCAAACUUCAGUGUCCCCCGUGCGCCGCGCGGAGUUUCCUCCUCAUGGAUCUGUGGCUCUGCGCCCCCGUCGCGGCGGGGUCUGGCUGCGGUGCGCGCGGCGCUGAGCGCCUGGUGUGACGGACAGAUCAGCUCGCAGCUUUAAACGCAGGAGUUUCACACCUGGUAUACCGGGCCAGUCAGCAGCAGGAUCAGGAUGAGAAGAUGGCUGGCUGUGUGUUUCCAAUGGGACCAGAGAGCUUUCAGCGCUUCACGCCGGACUCCCUGGCGGCCAUCGAGCAGCGCAUCGCCCAGGAGGAGGCCCGACGCAAAAAACAAUACCAGGAGGACCUGGGCGACGUGGAGCUCCCCCGACCCCGGCCCGACCUGGAGGCGGGAAAGCAGCUGCCACGCAUCUUCGCUGACAUCCCACCUCAUCUGUUGGGCGUCCCCCUGGAAGACAUCGACCCGUUCUACUUCAAAGACAAGAGGACUUUCAUAGUCCUGAACAAAGGGAAGGCCAUCUUCCGUUUCAGCGCCACGUCAGCCCUCUACAUCUUCAGCCCCUUCCACCCCAUCCGCAGGCUGGCCAUCAAGAUCCUGGUCCAUUCAUUAUUCAGCCUCUUCAUCAUGUGCACCAUCCUAACCAACUGCUGCUUCAUGGCCAUGUCUGAGCCGACGCCCUGGGCCAAAUACCUGGAGUACACCUUCACAGGUAUCUACACCUUUGAGUCGCUCAUAAAGAUCCUGGCCAGAGGGUUCUGCGUGGGGCCCUUCACCUUCCUGAGGGACCCUUGGAACUGGCUCGACUUCAGUGUCAUUGUGAUGGCGCUGUUAACAGAGUUUAUCAAAGUAGGGAACCUGCAGGCGCUGAGAACGUUUAGAGUGCUGAGAGCCCUGAAAACUAUCUCAGUCAUCCCAGGCCUGAAGACGAUUGUUGGCGCUCUGAUUCAGGCGGUGAAGAAACUGGCCGAUGUGAUGAUCCUGACGGUCUUCUGCCUGAGCGUCUUCGCCCUCAUCGGCUUACAGCUCUUCAUGGGAAACCUGCGGCAGAAAUGCGUCCGCAGCACGGCGCACUGCAUCAACGGCACACUGCCGACCAACGCCACCUUCUACUGCAACAACAAGACCUGGACCUCAAUAAAAGAGUUCACUGAUGAUGAAGAUAACUACUACAAAGUGGAGGGGGCCAAGGAUGCCUUAAUAUGUGGGAACAGCAGCGACGCGGGGAAGUGUCCAGACGGGUUUGAAUGUCUGAAAGCAGGAAGAAACCCAAACUACGGCUACACCAGCUUUGACACGUUUGGCUGGGCCUUCCUGUCGCUGUUUCGUCUGAUGACUCAGGACUACUGGGAGAACCUUUACCACCAGACCCUCCGUUCUGCCGGUAAGACAUACAUGGUGUUCUUUGUGGUGGUCAUCUUCCUCGGCUCCUUCUACCUGAUCAACCUCAUCCUGGCUGUGGUCGCCAUGGCGUACGAGGAGCAGAACCAGGCGACCAUUGCUGAAGCCUGCCAGAAAGAGAAGGAGUUCCAGCUGGCCAUGGAGAGGCUCAAGAAAGAGCAACAGAUUGCUGUUCAAAAAACGAGUGAAUCUGACGCUCGGACGUCUCUCGAUGCCUCGCCCUUCGGCCCACCAUUGGACAGCUUGGAAGAGCGAAGGCGGAGCCAAGCGCUGAUGGGCGUUGCCGACUCAGAUGCAAACCUAUCAGAUGAAAAGCUUCUGCAGGUGGACAUUACAGACGCUGGGAAGUCCCUCCAUCCCUUCCUCGCCCGCUCCUUCUCCACCAGGACUCGGAGAGGAAGCCAGGUCUCCUCCAUUUUUAACUUUCGCCUGAGGAGCCGGGGGUCUGAAGGAGAGAUGGCUGACGAUGAGUACAGUGUCCCGGGGGACGUGGAAGGUGGCAGGAGUCGCACAUACAGUGGAGGAACCUUCAGCGGGAUUCUGCCCCAGCCGUGGUCCAAACGACGGCUAAGCACCUACAGCACAGCCAGCAGGAACUCCCAGGUGUUUUAUCCAACUCUCAACAUCAACGGGAAGUUGUUUGUUGCUGUGGAUCAGAAUGGGGUUUCCCCAGCGCCACUGCAGGGGCAGCUGCCUGCCUGCACCAUGGAGAAGGUCAAGGAGGAGAGUGUUCCCACGUCCACCACAGAGCUCAGUACCAUGCUGCUGCCUCGGCCUUCAUCCGCAAACGGCUCGGAACGGCGAGGAAGAGCGCCCAGCGCAACCAGCUACCUCACAGACGCCAUGGAAGAGCUGGAGGAGUCUCAUAAGAAAUGCCACCCCUGCUGGUACGUUUUUGCCCACCAGUACCUGGUGUGGGAGUGCUCCCCCUCCUGGCUGAGGCUGAAGCAGCUGGUGAAGAUCAUGGUGACGGACCCCUUCCUGGACCUGGCCAUCACAGUGUGCAUCGUGCUGAACACGCUCUUCAUGGCCAUGGAGCAUUACCCCAUGACGGAUGAGUUCAACGGCAUGCUCACCAUCGGAAACCUGGUUUUCUCUGGAAUCUUCACAGCAGAGAUGGUGCUGAAGGUCAUCGCUCUGGAUCCGUACUACUACUUCCAGACCGGCUGGAAUAUCUUCGACAGCAUCAUCGUGUGCCUCAGCCUCAUGGAGCUCGGCCUGUCGGACGUCGAAGGCCUCAGCGUGCUGCGCUCCUUCAGACUGCUCCGGGUCUUUAAGCUCGCUCGCUCAUGGCCGACUCUCAACACCCUAAUCAAAAUCAUCGGGAACUCCAUAGGUGCUCUUGGUAACCUGACGCUCGUUCUCGCCAUCAUCGUCUUUAUCUUUGCCGUGGUGGGCAUGCAGCUGUUUGGAAAGAACUACCAGGACUGUGUCUGUAAGAUCUCAAAGGACUGCACUCUUCCUCGCUGGCACAUGAAGGACUUCUUCCACUCCUUCCUCAUCGUCUUCAGAGUACUGUGCGGCGAGUGGAUUGAGACCAUGUGGGACUGCAUGGAGGUGGCGGGGCAGCCGCUCUGCAUCCUCGUCUUCAUGUUGGUCAUGGUCAUUGGAAACCUGGUGCUGUUGAACCUCUUCCUGGCUCUGCUCCUCAGCAGUUUCAGCUCCGACAACCUGUCCGCUCCCGACGACGACGGCGAGAUGAACAACCUGCACAUCGCCAUCCACCGGAUCACGAGAGGCCUGGCCUGGUGCCGCAGACAGGUGGUGGACUUCUUUAACGGGAACCUGAAGCGCCGCCGCCAGAAACGCAAAGAGGCCAAAGCCAUGAUGAAGCUGAAACGCUUAAGCACCAUCCACACCGAGGCCAACGGAGCAGUGAUCGGUCGUCAUGUGGAGAAGUACGUAGUUCCAGAAGACGACAGCUACAUGACAAACCCAGACCUGACCAUCAGCGUCCCCAUUGCUCCGGGAGAGUCAGACACGGAGUUCCCUGAAGAAGAGGAGGAGGAGGAGGAGGAAGGAGAGGGCGAGGAGGUGCAGAGUGAAGGCGAGGAAGGAGAGGUGGAGCAGGAGGAGCAGAAGGAUGACAUCAGCCUGUCUGAGGGGAGCACUGUAGACCUGAGGAAACCCGGGGAGGAGGAGGAUGAGUACUCGGAGCUGGCUGAAGAGGCCAUGGACCCCGACAACUGCUUCCCAGAUGUGUGCGUAAAUCGCUUCUCGUGCUGUGACAUCGAUACGACGGCGGGACUCGGGAAGAUCUGGUGGAGACUGAGGAAGACCUGCUUCCAGAUCGUGGAACACAGCUGGUUCGAGUCCUUCAUCAUCUUCAUGAUCCUCCUCAGCUCUGGAGCUCUGGCCUUUGAGGAUAUCUACAUCGAGCAGCGGAGGAUGGUUAAGGUGGUGCUUGAGUUCGCUGAUAAGAUCUUCACCUACAUCUUCAUCCUGGAGAUGAUUCUGAAGUGGCUCGCCUACGGCUUCAAGAAGUACUUCACUAACUACUGGUGCUGGCUGGACUUCUUCAUUGUUGAUGUUUCUUUGGUCAGCCUGGCGGCCAACAUGUUGGGUUAUUCAGACUUUGCAGCCAUCAAGUCCCUGCGGACGCUGCGGGCCCUCCGGCCUCUCAGAGCCCUGUCCAGAUUUGAAGGCAUGAGGGUGGUGGUGAACGCCCUGAUCGGAGCCAUUCCCUCCAUCAUGAACGUGCUCCUGGUCUGCCUCAUCUUCUGGCUCAUCUUCAGCAUCAUGGGCGUCAACCUGUUUGCCGGGAAGUUCGGCCGCUGCGUCAGCCGCUCCGGCUACAUCCACGACGUCCGAGAGAUCAACAACAAGUCCGAGUGCGAGGCCAAAAACGACACGUCUCAGUACUACUGGACCAAAGUGAAGGUUAACUUUGACAACGUCGGCGCCGGGUACCUGGCUCUGCUCCAAGUGGCGACGUUCAAAGGUUGGAUGGAUAUCAUGUAUGCGGCUGUGGACUCCAGAGCUGUGGAGGAGCAGCCUGUCAAGGAGAUCAAUCUGUACAUGUACCUGUACUUUGUCAUCUUCAUUAUCUUUGGCUCCUUCUUCACCCUCAACCUCUUCAUUGGUGUCAUCAUCGACAAUUUCAACCAGCAGAAACGAAAGUUAGGAGGACAGGACAUCUUCAUGACAGAGGAGCAAAAGAAAUACUACAAUGCCAUGAAGAAGCUGGGCUCCAAGAAACCUCAGAAACCCAUCCCCAGGCCUCUGAACACGCUGCAGGGAUUCUUCUUCGACUUGGUUGGAAAACAGGCGUUCGACAUCAUCAUCAUGGUGCUGAUCCUCCUGAACAUGAUCACCAUGAUGGUAGAAACGGACGAGCAGUCUCCUCGGAUGGAGAAGAUCCUCUACAACGUCAACCUGGCCUUCAUUGUCAUCUUCACCUCUGAGUGCCUCAUUAAAAUCAUGGGGCUGAGAUGCUACUUCUUCACAGUCGGAUGGAACAUCUUUGACUUUGUUGUCGUCAUCCUGUCCAUCGUUGGAAUCGUGCUCGCCGACAUCAUCGAGAAGUACUUCGUGUCCCCAACCCUGUUCCGAGUGAUCCGACUGGCUCGUAUCGGUCGCAUCCUGCGCCUCAUCAGAGGAGCGAAGGGCAUCCGGACGUUACUGUUCGCCCUCAUGAUGUCUCUUCCUGCUCUCUUCAACAUCGGACUGCUCCUCUUCCUCGUCAUGUUCAUUUACGCCAUCUUUGGCAUGGCUAACUUUGCUUACGUGAAGCGACAGGCAGGGAUCGACGACAUGUUUAACUUUGAGACGUUUGGGAACAGCAUGAUUUGCUUGUUCCAGAUCACCACUUCUGCCGGGUGGGACAGUCUGCUCAGCCCCAUUCUUAACAACUCGCCGGAGGAGUGCGACGCCAACGUCCGCCACACGGGUACCACAGUCAGGGGGAACUGCGGGAACCCGUCUGUCGGCAUCACCUUCUUCGUCACCUACAUCAUCAUCUCCUUCCUCAUCGUGGUUAACAUGUACAUCGCCAUCAUCCUGGAGAACUUCAGUGUAGCCACAGAGGAGAGCACUGAGCCGCUGAGCGAGGAUGACUUUGAGAUGUUCUAUGAAGUUUGGGAGAAGUUUGACCCCGAGGCCACACAGUUCAUUGAAUAUGCCAAAUUGUCAGACUUUGCCGAUGCGUUGUCAGAGCCGUUGCGGAUUGCUAAGCCUAAUAGGAUCAAACUUAUCUCCAUGGACCUGCCGAUGGUCAGCGGUGACAAAAUCCACUGCCUGGACAUCCUCUUUGCCUUCACCAAGCGUGUGCUGGGCGAGUCUGGAGAGAUGGACGCCCUGAAGCAGCAGAUGGAGGAGAAGUUCAUGAUGGCCAACCCGUCCAAAAUCUCCUACGAGCCGAUUACAACAACUUUAAGGCGCAAACAGGAAGAGGUUUCUGCCACCAUCAUUCAGAGGUGCUACCGGCGACACCUGAUGAUCCGGCAGGUGAAGGCGGCUUCCUACCUGUACCGCCAGAUCACUACGCCUCAACAUGACACUGAGGACGGCGAGCCGUUGAGCGAGGUGAUAUUCGGAGACGACGCCCCCGAGAAAGAAGGACUGAUCGCUACCAUGAUGAAGGAAAACUACGUCUCAAGUUUGUUGAGGAUAGAGCGCUCUGCGACCAUUUCCUCCACCUCAUCCCCGCCCUCUUACAACAGCGUGACACGAGCCGCAUCGGAGGUCUAUCAUCCGCUCGCUGUCACGACAGAAACGGCGGUUGAAACCUCAGCUGGCGAACUGAGCGAUCAGUCAGCGGUUCAACCCCAGACACAGACGGACGCAGGACCCUAGGAGCAACUCUAAAGCAAAAAAUUGACCUCUCUUUGGGGAAAGCUGUUUGUGCUGUUGCUUAUGAAUGUAUCAAAGCGGAGGGAUGCUGCAGGACGUGACUGACGGAGCAAACCAAGAGGAGGAUGUACUACCUUUAAUGUCAUUUCCUAUUCCCCGUGGAAAUUCCAGGACUCAGCUGAGCAACUUUUUUGGAAGUUUUUUUUAAAGCAAAGGGGAAAAACUGCACAACAGAGAGGAAACUCUCUCCUGUCCAGUCAACUUUGCCUUUGUUGGAGCAACAAAAGACUAAAGAAUGAAAGGGAGCCACUGCCUGGUUCUGACAGUCUGGACUGGUCUUUGGCCUCAUCUACAGCUGCUCAGAACUAUUAUACUACAGAUGUAUCUAUUAUUUAUUUGACUGCUCAGGUGGGGGCUUUCCCACAGUUGAUCAAUAUUCUCAGAUUAUGCUUUGCUGUAAGGGCGGUGUCCAGGCGAUGCUUCUCAAUGGUUUUCUAACUUCAGGAGACUUGAGAGAGGGGGGCAAAUCAAAGAAACAUUUUCGUAGUAAAAGUAUAACGUUGUUGAUGUUACCAGUCUUUUAAUAGCGGUACAAUUAUUACUAUUUUUUAUAUUUUUUAGGGUAAGUUGGUAAUAAAAGGAGCUUCUCUUUUGACUAUGGAGUGGCGCUAGCGAUGAAGAAGUUGCUGAGCUACCAAGUUGUAACAGUAGAAGAGACUUUGCGGUCAUCUCAAUAAGCUGAAAAGCAACGUCAUCUGUUUUUGUCGGCAGUUUUGCACUUUUGAGUUUACAUUCGAUGACACUUUACUGCACCUGGGCUGAACACACAGAAAAAAGCCUGGGAAGAGGUCCUUUCCUCCUCCGAUGACACCAAAAAAAAAAAAAAAAGUGCACAACAACAAUUCCCCCACUCGUCUUAGAUGUUUGGCCUCGUUGGCGAACAGUUUCCCGUCCGCCGCUUACGCCUGGUGGGUGAUGCGUCGGUAAAGUCCUGCAUGAGGGUAACUAUUAGAUAUUACAAUUAGGUCACUAAUCAGUGAUGCAUUAUUUAGCAAGACAUUCACUUUGAGGUAACUAUAACAAGUUUUAAAUGCUCUAUAAAGAAUUAAAAUCGUUAAUCAAAGUAAAAACGCAAACUUUAAAGGAUUUAGCUGAGUUUUUAUCUAACUUCAUAUCAUCACAGGCUGCCGGCAUGAACACUCAGGUUAAUGUACUUUUUCAAAGCUUAAUAAAGAUGCAAAUAAAAUAAAUUCAUACAAUUAUGUUUAAGCAUGCAACAAAUUUUAGAAGCUUAAAAAACCUAUAUCCAUGUAGGACUGUUCUCCUCUACAAACUUUCCAUUACUAAACCUUUUUACCAUUCACCUGCUGUCAUGAACUACCCAUCUGGUCUGAGUCUGGCCCUGACUAACACCUGGAAUUUAACCAGAUUCCCAAAGAGGAACGUGUUUGAAGUCUUUGAGGUGUCGUCUGGCCAGACGUGACUGUGAUGAGACAAUCAGCAUUGAGAGUUACCCCCGUUCCGUUACGAUUAAAUGACGCUUCGUCUUUAGUGUCUGAGCUGUCAACAGUGUCCUGGAAAAACCUCAGUGACUGAAUGUGAACUCAAGUUCUGAGAACAAACAGGUUGGUUUACCAUCUGAUCCUGACGGUACAAUGUCGCCUCUUUUUUGUGGUUAGUUGGUCCUGGUUUUCUCCCAAUACAAACAAAAACUUUGGUCUUCCAACAAUGUUUUGACACAAUGCGGUCUUUAAAUCACUUGUAAAAAGGCUGCUUAGUCUCCCAACAUGUGCCAGGUAUCACUGCUGUGUCUUUCUGGAAAACAAACGCAGAAGCAGCUUGAAGCCAUAAAACGGAUGAUGACCAGUUCUGUUGGGAUUGGAGCUGAGGAUCAAAAGACCACAUUUACUCCCAUUAAGGUGUCAAUGUGGGAAUGUCUGGUGUGACCUGUCAUGAGGCCUUCGUCAUAGCAGAAAAAGACACACAUCAUCACACUCAAUAAGAGUGGUUGGACUGGCUUCACAUUCAUUGAAGUCUAAUGCUUGAAAGUUCGACUUUUAUCAGCUUAAAGGCGAGGUCCUACUGGCUUUCACGGCCAUAUCACGGAAAAAUAUUAAUUCCUGUUAGCAGUGGACGUGGGAUAGACGUGCAUACACGCGAUACAAAAUUUGAACUGCACAAAAAUUGAGACUGCGCGUGGUACCAGUCGUGUAAGUUUCAGUGCGAGAUCGGGCCGUGGCCCGAACGCUGGCACACGUGCUUGGACGCAGAAAUUCCGCAUUCGCGCACAGCUGUAGCACGGCAGUUUCCCCGCCGGUCUGCGUUUGUACCUCUGCUUACAGCGUCUGUUUAGCGGCUGAGUGUGGGAGGACGCGCUUACAUGAGACAAAGCAGUGCUCUGGCAGUGGAGUGGCAGUGGAAUGGACUCUGGCGUCUGUGUCACAAACAUGCAUAAAGUCUAAGCGCGUGUGGGAGAUUGUCCACAUUUUUUCCCUCUGAUAUGGCCGUCAAAUCCUGUGGGCCCAGGCCUUCAGACGUGACAAGAGUUAGUUCCACCUUAUGAAGUUAGUUGAACUCCAUGCUCUAUCAUCAGAUGUAGUUUCACUGGGACGGUUCAGUCACCUCUCUGGAAUCCCAGCUGCUGUAGGGACAGAUCUUUUCUCAGUCUUAACUUAGCAGAAGCUCAAGUCAUGGAUGUUGAGCACAAUUAAGGAAGAAGCUGGGUCGUGGUUAAAAAAGAAACCAGACGUUCGUAGGAAACUGCUUUAGCUUGUUGGAGCCAUCCCGAUCCCAGGAUUCUGGGUCUCAGUGACAGGAAUCAGGACACGUUUGAAUUGUCUUGAAUGGAGGUGAACCAUUAGCUCUGAAGCACAGGACCUCCCUUCGUACCUGAUCAUUUCUUGAUUUACUUGUCAACCUGAGUUGGAAAACUCAUUGCCCUUCGCAUGUGGUUUUUCCAGGAGGCUGGAGCUUUUCUUUCUUCCUUUCUAAGAGCUUUGAUUUUUCCUGUAACAGAAGAAGAAGCUGAUGGGUUGAGCGAUCAAAGUUCUGGUUCAGAUUAACCCAAACUGCAUGUGUUCAUAUUUUAUAAGAUAAGAGCAGUUUUGUAGAGUCGUACAAAUCAAACUUUGAAAGAAACAUUUUCCAUCCACCCCCACUGCUUUCUGAUUUCUUUUCUUCCUUGACCUGUGUUGGUCUGGGGGGCGAGGGCCAAACGAGGCUGCUUUUAUCUAUUUGCACAGAGAAAAUGAAAUAACGCGUUUAGCAAUAACAGUUUGCAGAUAUCUUGGGUGAGUUUGUGGGUGGCGUUGGACUUGCGCGGCGCUGCAUGAACCUGACGUGAGUUGGUUUCCCGGGAACAGUGGGGGAGGGGGCGUUUCUGUGGAUAUCCUCACAGGUGAACAUGGAGGCGGAGUCGACGCUUGUUUUUAUGACAUGUACAGUUUCGAUCUCGGUAUCUGGAUCGACCUCUCUCUCGUUGUCUCUGUUGUCACUCGAAGGAUCUUUAUUGAACAAUGCUUUACUAGAAUAACUUAAAAAUGUUUUUAAAAGUCUACUGGCACCGUCUGGACUCUAUUUCUACUCAAUUCUAUUGAGAAUAAAUCACCUGAUGACACUUACGACACUGCUAAGAGGUGUAUUUCAGGUUGCAGUUGUGCUGAAGGGCUGUUUUAAGUAGCAAUAGACCCAGAGUGUGCCUGCAACACCAAACCCAACAUUUGAAGCCAUGUUUUUCUCAUCUGUCCAUUAAAAAUGUCAUUCAGCCAUC